UGCGGCAGUAGAACACACACGCAUCCGCGCUGUAUUGACAGACAUUCAGGAUUAUUCGGAUCAAAAAGAACAGAACGCCACGCCGACAGGUCCUUAGAUGGAGAGGCCGAAGAAGCAGAAGAAACAGCGGCGCUCGGGCACCGUUGGGAGGCGGCUGUGGGCUCGCCUGACGCGCCGCUGGAGACUGCUGGGGCUCUUCGAGAUCGGCGAGGAUCACGAGUUCUACAGCCUGACUGCCAUGAUGAGAGAGGGCCUCUCAGCUGCACUGGAGUCCGCCCCUGAGCAGCCCACACAGACUGAGCUGACCGAAGAGGACUAUAACAAGGAAGAGUGUCAGGUGCAUGAGGGCUUUGAGAUGCAGACGUUUGCGGGCGCUGUGUUUGCCAGCCUGCGGCGUGCGCUGGGCAUCAGUGAGCAGGAGUACCAGGCGUCGCUCUCCACCGACGGCUACCUGCAGUUCAUCAGCAACUCCAAGAGCAAGGCAGACUUCUUCCUCACGAAUGAUAAAUGUUACUUCCUGAAGACCCAGAAUAAACGUGAGGUGAAGUUCCUCCUGUCUAACUUGAGGAAAUACAUGGAGCACCUGGAGAAGUAUCCUCACUCACUGAUGGUGCGGUUCCUAGGUGUGCACCGCAUCAUCAUUCAUGGUGACGUCAAGAAAUAUUUCAUCGUGAUGCAGAGCGUCUUCUACCCAGAUGAGAGGAUAACAGCCAGAUAUGACGUGAAGGGCUGUGAGGUGGGCCGCUGGACCAACCCCCCCGCCGGAGACACACAGCGCAUCGUGGUGCUCAAGGACAUGAACUUUGAGGGACAACACAUCAACCUGGGUGAGCACCGGUCCUGGCUGGUGCGGCAGGUGCAGCUGGACUCUGAGUUCCUGCACAGCCUGAACGUUCUGGACUACAGCGUCCUGCUGGCCCAUCAGCCGCUGCACCGGGACGAGAUGGACCAGAACCACCACCUCGCCACGCUCGUCCUGCGCACCACCAUAUCUGUGGAUAUAGACACAGACGCUACUGAGCACGAGCCUCCAAAGAUCCCCAGUACUGUGCUGGAGGAGGACGCAGCCCUGCUGCAGUCGGACCCAUCAGGGAGCCCGGCCCGGACCCUAGCAGAACCGGCGCAGACCCUAGCAGAACCGGCCCGGACCCUAGCAGAACCGGCGCGGACCCUAGCAGAACCGGCGCAAACCCUAGCAGAACCGGCGCAAACCCUAGCAGAACCGGCCCAGACCCUAGCAGAACCGGCGCAGACCCUAGCAGAACCGGCCCAGACCCUAGCGGAACCGGCGCAGACCCUAGCAGAAGACCCGGUCAGCGGAAUCCCCCUACAGGAACUUCCCCACCGGCACUCCGCAGAACUUCAGGAGUUCCAUGAGCAGAACCGCAGGCUUCUGCCGGAUUUCAAGAACCCGGUGCACGUGGUGGACGGCCCUGAGCUGCGCUACUUUGUGGGCGUGGUGGACGUCUUCACCGUGUACGGACUGAAGAAGAGGCUGGAGAACCUGUGGAAGAGAAUCCGGUUCCCCGGCAGGGCGUUCUCCACCGUCAGCCCAACUGCGUACGCUCAGAGGUUCUCCCAGUGGGUGCAGAACCACACCAAGUAGCCAAGAGGAGAACGUAAACCGGAAGAGCAUGGGAAAGGGUGUGUGUGAUGUGUGAGAGCAGUUGAUAGAAAGAUAGAAGCAAAUAGGCAGGUGGGUAAAUAGAGGGUUAUGGCAGAUAGGUGGUAAUUAGAUAGAAAAAUGAAAACAAUACUGCAAUUCAAAGAAUACUGUAUAGUUUACAAAGAUCAAUAUGCAGUUUCAUUGUUACAACUUACAUAUGAUGAAAAAAUAUAGUAAGAUAUGGGGCCUCUCUCAUUCGUCUUUUGAUCUAUCCUCCCUUCCUUCCUCGGUCCUCGUUCCCACUGAUCUACAUAAAGAAUGAAGGGGCGGCAACAAUGGGAUAGUCUAUCCAGUGUUCUUUAUAGAUCAGUGGGAAGCGAGCCUGGAGGGCCGAGCAUCGAGGAGAGAGGUUGAGAAUGGGCCAUGGUCUUGUAGGCACAGCAACAGAUAUACUGUAAGUUGCCAAGCUUUCAUCAACUCUUCUCAGGUUUGAAUGCUUCCUUGAGUAACAGAGUGACCAUAAUCUGUAAUGGAAUACAUAGGCUAAGCUCACCAUGUAUGUUUACAAAUAUGUUUAAUGAGGCUAUUGUGUGUGAAGAAAACAGAUAUGGAAACCAAUGAAUAUUUUAUUUUCCUAUAGUGUUGUUUUCCAUAAAUACAGUUAUUAUUUUUUAUUGUUUUAAAAAUGUUUCAUGCACAGUAUACAAUAUGUAUUGUUAAAUUAGUUCAUUGUACACUGCAAUUUGCUUUAAUCUAGUAAAUUAUAAUGCAAACAUUU